AUGGAGGGUAAGAUUCGUGGUCUCGAUCUCGAGAGAGAGUUGACUUGCUCGAUUUGUACCGAGGUACUUUACGCUCCACGAACUCUCCUCGAUUGUCUGCAUACUUUUUGUGGCUCCUGUUUGAAGGAAUGGUUUGCCUGGCAAUUGAGCUCGUGGCGCGCCACUUCCAGCACCAUCUUACCAGAUUCGACGCCGUAUACCUGCCCAUCAUGUCGUGCGCCAGUACGAGAUACCAAACACAACUCAUCCGUUACGACUCUGCUGGAAAUGUUUUUGGCGGCAAAUCCUGGAAAAUGUAGGUCGCCCGAAGAGCUGGUAGAACUUCAAAAAUACUAUUCAAUCGGCGAUCAUGUCCUACCCAAAGAGACAGAAAGAAAGCGAAAAACAUUGCGAGAGAGACAAAUCGAAGAAGCUGAUAGGAGAAUGGUUGACGAAGUCCGCCAGCUAAGUUUACGAGAGGUUGGCAUGCAAGCUCCACAAACCAGGAGAGAUCAUGAGAGAUAUCAAAAUCAAAGAUUGCUAGAGACUAACUCACGAAGAAAUCAGGAUGAACCUGGCUCAAGAGAACGAAAUCCAGAACGACACAGUCGACAUAGCUCUUCACACUCCAACACGACUUCUCAUCAAAGUAGGCGAAGUACUGAAGAGCGAUCCUAUAGACACGAAGACUCAAACCGCACAAUUAAUCAACAACAUAAUCAUCAGUCACACAGCUCGCUAUUAAGCUCGUCUGAUGUCGAUUCUAAAAAAAUAGAAGAGGAAAUAUUACGUCAGAUUAGAGAGGAAGGCCUUCUAGAUGGAAUUGACUUGGAAAAUAUUGACGUACGCCAGGAAGAUUUAAUUAGCGAAAGAAUCGCCGAGGCUUUUCGGAGGCGGCAGAAUGAACGAGCUAGGAAAGAACCAACGACAAGCCACUUUACUGCCAGUAGUAGGGAUAGAAAUAUUUCCCUACCCGAGCCGCCCGAUAAAUCGGGUCAUGAACAAUUUCAAUCAGCUACAAAAACACAAUAUAACCGCUCUAAAACCUCGAAUAAUACAAACGUAGGUUCUCAUGCGAGGCAAAGUAGACCACCUCCGUCUAUAAGUGUCGCACAGGCAGCACAUUUAGAGGUUCACUCCAGUGAUGAGUAUAGUCAAAAGCAUUGCCACGCCGGGCGCAGUAAUAAAAAGAAUUCGGAACUCAGCCCUACUAGUAUGCGCUCAUCAAGACCAAUAACCAAGUCAGCGUAUGACUUACGGGCUCGAUCAAAUGUUACCCUCUCUCAAAAUCCUUGGCCAGCUACGUCGAAAUCAUCGCAAAGCAGUAUUGAUUUAACUACUCCUGGGCCUACAUCUUUUGCCGUUACAGACCUACGCCCAAGACCGAUGCGCCGUAGAUGUAACUCGGGUUCACAAAGUACUGAUGCGCUUCAGAAGGACGGGUUCUCUAAUUGCAAAGAGCAAAGGCGCCAAGAGCCGCCUAUUUCUAGCUCACUACCUCCAUCAAAAUCUUCGGUAAACGGUACUUCAGAGGAAAUGAAUCUUGUACCGGCACCCCUCUCUUUCCGAAAGACACUGCCAGAUAAUCUUAAUACUCAAUCCUAUGUGCACUCUAGACCUUCAUCUUCUUCUUCUAACUCGCGCAAUCGAUCGCCCCUAUUCAAAGAACCACUCAUAAACUGUGCAAGAUGUUCAAAGCCACGAAUUGAGUACGAAUGGCAUUAUAACUGCGGUAUAUGCCUGGGUGGCUACUACAAUGUCUGCCUAUCCUGCUAUCGACUGGGCCAUGGGUGUUUAUAUUGGUUAGGAGUUGGUUCAGCGGCGUGGAAAAGGUGGAAGUACCUGCAGCAGUCUGGCGAUGCAAGGAUUGAAAAACCACAUAUUAUGACCCCAUGUCGCUACCUUCCGCCAAAGCUAUCUACUUCUGGAACAACCGAUACUAGAUCAACAUUAACAACCGAAGAUCCCCAAAGUAGAUUACAAAGUGGCACAUUCUGCACAAGCUGCUUCGCCUGGACGAAUAACUGUUACUGGCGAUGCUAUACUUGUAAUGAUGGCGACUGGGGGUUUUGUAAUUCUUGUGUUAAUCAAGGAAAAUGUUGUACUCACCCAAUCGUCCCUAUGAGCUAUGAGCCCAGAUCUCGACAGAGACUAUCCACAAAUAACAAUCAAAAACCCCCCUCAGCUCUCAUCCUCAGCGGACCUGGUGUCACGGAUCUCGGUCCCUUUAAACCUCUUUCUUUUUCCACCAAAUGUGAUAUCUGUCGCUAUCCGAUCCAGCCCUCUCAGACUCGCUAUCAUUGUUUUUCUUGUUCAAGUACAUUUUCUGACUCAACUCCGGGUGACUAUGAUAUAUGCACAAACUGUUAUCCCAAGCUUAUUUGGACACGCCGUAUCAGUAUUGAGAAUGGUCCCAGUGGCUGGAGGCGCUGUUUACAGGGACAUCGCAUGGUUGUAGUUGGAUUUGAAGAUAAAUUUGGUGGACAAGCGCGCACUCUUGUCGAAGAUAUGGUUGGUGGAAGAUGUUUGCGACAAAAGUCGUACAAUUCUAUCGAGCUUAAAGAUCAAGAACUUCAGCUAUGGAGCUGGGGCGAUGGAGUUCAUGUUAGCGGCGACGAUGCCCAUAAAAAGAUAACAACAACAGAUGUUUCUAAAACCCCACCGGUCUCAGUGCCGGCUCAGACACAAGAUAUAUCUUUUCCACCUAAUGGUGGCACUGGUAUGCGCGUGGUCGCUAAAUGGGGCUGGUAUCCGGUUAAAGGCGUAGAUGACGAACUUCUCUUCCCUCGUGGUGCUGAGAUCAGGGAGUGUAAGGAUGUAAAUGGCGAUUGGUUUUAUGGCAGUUACAUGGGUCGGCAAGGUCUUUUUCCCUCGAACUAUGUAAGAGUUAUUGAUGGCACUUCUUGA